GCCGCGCAGUCCCCACCCUCGGUGAUAAAUUCGGAGCGGCCGGGCCGGGCCUUUGUCUCACGCCGCGGGGCAGAGGGCGGGCGGCGGCGGAGCAGGGUUGUCUAAUCUCCAGCACUAACCAGCUAUACCGUCUGCAAUGGAGAGCUCAGAGAGGGGAGAAGGAGAAAUGUUGCGCUAUGAGGAAACAGAAGAUGAUAAUGUCAAUCCCACUGACCUUUCGGAGCUGCUGAAGGAGGGGACUAAGGAAUCCCAUGACCGUGCAGAGAACACCCAGUUUGUCAAAGACUUCCUGAAAGGACGGAUCAAGGAGGAGCUCUUCAAGCUGGCCACCGUGGCACUCUACUUCACGUACUCUGCUCUAGAAGAGGAAAUGGAUCGCAACGAGGACAACCCGGUCUUUGCUCCUCUGUACUUCCCCCUAGAGCUUCACCGGAAAGAAGCGUUGAUCAAAGACCUGAAAUAUUUCUAUGGAGAAGACUGGAAAGAGAAGAUCCAGUGUUCAGAGGCAACUCAGCAGUAUGUGGACAGAAUCCAUCAUGUGGGACAGAAUGAGCCAGAGCUGCUAGUGGCUCACGCUUACACACGCUACAUGGGGGACCUCUCAGGUGGCCAAGUGCUGAAGAAGGUAGCCCAGAGGGCCCUCAAGUUGCCCAGUACUGAGGAAGGGAUCCAGUUCUAUGUGUUUGGCAACAUCUCCAAUGCGCAGCAGUUCAAGCAGCUCUACAGGGCGAGGAUGAACGCUCUGGACUUGGACAAGAACACCAAGGAAAGGAUUGUGGAAGAGGCCAACCGAGCCUUCAGAUUUAACAUGCAGGUAUUUGAUGAACUGGACAAGAUUGGCAAGUCACUGACAGAAGCAGCCCAAGAUGGAGGCCUUCCAGUCCACGAUGGAAAAGGAGACCUGCGCAAAUGCCCUUACUAUGCAGACAAGCUCGGUAAUGCAGGACCCAGCUGUCCCUACCACAGCGCUGUGGCCCUGGCAAAGCAGCCCCUGGUGCAGCUGAUGCUGGCCGCCUGCGUCGCGGUGGUGGCAGGAGCUGCAGCCUGGUACAUCAUGUGAUGGGAGCAGCGGCGCGUGGCUCUGGUCGUGGCAAGGGGAGAGACGCGCCAUGUCCCUUUUCCAGCCGCUCCCUUGCCACUGCUGUUGAGUUGACUGCAUGGUGGAAGUAAGAAAAUAAACAGGAAUCCUGUGGGACUGUUAAAGACUCUUUGCACACCAAUAAUGCAAGCACUCUAAUGUCUUAGCUGACUAGUGUACAGGACUGAUGUGGUGUGAGGGUGCGAGGAUUUCCCUGCAGCGCUGCCCUACCCAGGCUGGGGCAGCUUUUAAGGCUGGAGCUGUCUUGUGCUGUACUGGCAAAGGCUUCACACACUUGGCUUUUCAUCUCCUUCCUGGGAGCAGCUGCUGGAUGGAGUUUCCUGCUGUGGGCUGCAACCUUUGUCAGCUCUUCUCAGUGAAGAGCACUCGGUAUCCUACCCUGAGGGAAACUGAAGUGUUGAUUGUGGGCCAUUAGCUCAAAUGCCUGUCCUAUAUUUGGUUGUGUCACAGGGAUCCAGUUAACUGUUCAGGGAGGAAGGUCCAUGGGGGGACAGGACCGUUGGGGAUGGGGGUGAUGGAUGUCUGUUGUGCUGCAGUGGGGGUGGGUUGGAGUUUUUUUCAGAAGCCUUGACUGGAAUAAAAAGGUGCAAUGCUGUA